AUGCCUGCCGGUGGAUUCGUUGUCGGAGAUGGUCAAAAGGCUUAUCCCGGCAAACUCACUCCCUUUGUUCUCUUCACUUGCGUCGUAGCUGCCAUGGGUGGUCUUAUCUUCGGAUACGAUAUUGGUAUCUCUGGUGGUGUGACGUCGAUGCCGUCUUUUCUCCGGCGAUUUUUCCCGUCGGUUUACCGUAAACAGCAAGAAGACGCGACAACGAAUCAGUACUGUCAAUACGAUAGUCCAACGCUUACGUUGUUCACAUCGUCGCUGUAUUUGGCAGCGCUAAUUUCGUCGCUAGUGGCUUCCACCGUGACGAGGAAGUUCGGACGGCGGCUCUCGAUGCUCUUCGGAGGCAUACUCUUCUGCGCCGGAGCUCUCAUCAAUGGCUUUGCUAAACACGUUUGGAUGCUCAUCGUUGGUCGUAUCUUGCUCGGUUUUGGUAUCGGUUUCGCUAAUCAGUCUGUGCCACUUUACCUAUCCGAAAUGGCUCCAUACAAAUAUAGAGGAGCUCUAAACAUCGGCUUCCAGCUUUCAAUCACUAUCGGAAUCCUCGUAGCCGAAGUACUCAACUACUUCUUUGCCAAAAUCAAAGGCGGCUGGGGAUGGCGGCUCAGUCUCGGCGGCGCGGUGGUCCCUGCCCUGAUCAUAACACUCGGCUCCCUGAUCCUCCCUGACACUCCCAACUCAAUGAUCGAGCGAGGCCAGCACGAGGAGGCCAAAACCAAGCUCAGACGCAUCCGUGGCGUCGAUGACGUCAGCCAAGAGUUUGACGAUUUAGUAGCAGCUAGUAAAGAGUCUCAGUCGAUAGAGCAUCCGUGGACAAACCUCCUCCGCCGUAAGUACCGGCCGCAUCUCACCAUGGCCAUUAUGAUUCCUUUUCUUUCAGCAGCUCACUGGAAUCAAUGUGAUUAUGUUUUACGCUCCUGUUUUGUUCAACACCAUUGGUUUCACGACCGAUGCUUCUCUCAUGUCCGCCGUGGUCACUGGCUCGGUCAACGUGGCUGCCACGCUUGUGUCGAUCUAUGGUGUUGACAAGUGGGGACGUAGGUUUCUAUUUCUGGAAGGUGGUACACAAAUGCUAAUAUGCCAGGCUGUGGUUGCUGCAUGCAUUGGGGCCAAGUUUGGGGUAGACGGGACCCCUGGUGAGCUACCAAAGUGGUAUGCUAUAGUGGUUGUAACUUUUAUAUGCAUCUAUGUGGCGGGUUUCGCAUGGUCAUGGGGUCCGCUAGGGUGGUUAGUACCUAGUGAGAUCUUUCCGUUGGAGAUAAGGUCGGCCGCGCAGAGUAUCACAGUGUCGGUGAACAUGAUAUUCACGUUUAUAAUAGCGCAGAUCUUCUUGACGAUGCUUUGCCAUUUGAAGUUCGGUUUAUUCCUUGUGUUUGCCUUCUUUGUGGUGGUGAUGUCGAUUUUCGUCUACAUAUUCUUGCCGGAGACGAAAGGGAUUCCCAUAGAGGAAAUGGGACAAGUGUGGAGGUCACAUUGGUAUUGGUCGAGGUUUGUGGAGGAUGGUGAGUAUGGUAAUGGGCUUGAGAUGGGCAAGAGCAACAACCAAGGAACUAAACAUGUUUGAGUUUGUUUUAAAUAAGUUUUAAGAAUUUUUUUUUUUUGUAAUUUCUAAUUUCCGUGAAAAAAAAAGAAGUGUAUUAGUCAAGAUAUAUUUAUGUGAAUAUGAUUCAGUAUAACAUGGUGGUGAAAUUAUGCAUAUGAUUAGUUUUGAUAUGUAUCUUCAGUUUAUGUAUCGGCAAAUAUUAAAAAAACAUAUUAGGCUUUUAGGCCCAUUUGUAAUAAAUGUGAGUCCAGGUUCUGUUUAAAAUUUAUAAUUUCG